GCUUACGUCAGUGCUCGCUAGGCUUUGACGGGGAUAGGAGCGUUUAAAGUGCUUUCGCUCACUUCUUUUGUUAAAACGACACCAAACGUGGAGAAUUAAUGUGAAUUUUAUAAUCCACACUACAGAUUAUUAAAGUUUACAAGUGUGAUAUUUUAAGUUUAAUCUUAUUUGUGAAUGUGAAGACAAAUACUGACAUGAAGAUGUUGAAAGAAAUCUUCAAACCUUUUCUUGGAGCGAUGGUUUUAAUAUUUGUGAUGAUUUUUGUGUCUGGUAUUGGGCCAGCUUCGUCCAUUGAUGCACAACCUUUUCUUCGUAACACCAAACUUAACUCAUCUGAUGAACUAGCUGCUCAGUUACCGCCACUUCUUUUUCCACAGUAUUCUCUUGAAGAUGAUGCGCCACAAAGGCAGGGUGAAGAGUUACCUCCUUCAACCUUCCCAAAAGAAUUUGAUGAUAAAAGUCUUGCAGGGCAUAAUGGUACCAGUUUUGGUGAUAAAGGUGCAAUUACUAAUGCAAGCAAAAUAACAGUUUCAGUCACUAAACAAACACCUGCAAAAAAAGUUGCUUCAGAAGUGCCUGAUUUGCUGAGUGGUGAUGCAUACAACAGGACUGUUUAUGAAGAUGGCACUGAAGGUCCUAUACAGAAUGAUACUGUUAUGGUAACAGGACCAAAUGUCAUAAGUAAUGACAAAACUCAUGAAGAGGAUGUCACAGCCUCCAGUAUGACAAGGACACAAAGUAAAAUUAAUGAUGAAACUGUUUCAGUUACUGGUAUAACCAUCCUUUCUCCAUUAACAGAAGUAGUUCCAAGGAAUGAGAAAAAUGGUACAAGUGUUGGUGACACAUUUACUACCAUUCCAGUAACUGAAGAAAAUUUUGCUGUGGAAGAUCCCAAAGAAAAUAAUCCCAUUUCAGAUAAUAACAAAGAAAAAGUGAAAAUCAAGUCUGAUAAUAGGAAAAACCAAAAUGAACCAAUAAACAGAACUGAUUCAAACACAACAGUUAAGGAUGAACCAACAAUCAGAACUGAAUCAAACACAGCAGUCAACAAUGAAACAGCCAAACCUGAAUUGGUGUCGUCAACUGUGAAAGAAUUGUCUGUUACAGAACCAACGUCUUCACAACCUGUUCAACAGUCGGCGAUCACAACCUUGCAACCAACUCUAAAAACUCAAUCCAUAACUUCAUUAAAUAUUUCAGAGAGCAAUAGUCACCAAAAAGUUGAUGAUAAACCACUUUCUCUGGCAGCAUCACAGCAACACGCUGAUCAUUCACAUGCAUCAACAGGGAAGUCAUCGGCAUUUCUGCAGCCCACAGAAUCAGCAGCCAUACUUGCUAGUGUGUUUGUUGGAAUAGCUCUCAUUGGAUACAUUGGUCUUCUUAUCUGGAGGAGAAUUUUGGAGAAACGAUAUGGCAAUCGUGAGAUGCUCGUGAAUGAGGAUGAUUUCUAUGACACAAAUGAUAUGAGGAAUUUUGAGAACUCUCUUAUGGUGGUUAUGAAAAACAAAUAAGUUUUUUAUAUCGUAGAACUAUUAUAGUUCUUACAUAAGGAAGUUGCAAGGGCCUGGGAUUGUGUCCAAGAACGUUGGUGUAGACAGCAUACAUUCAGUGAAUUAAGAACACGAAAUAUAUCUGAAAAGGGGAAGCAAGAUUGCCAUUGUGAGAACCUCAGAUCCAAUAUUUUGACUGGAAGGACUGUGGAAAACCACAGAAACCUGUCAAGAUGAUCUGCUUCUGGACCAAGAAUCAGACCUGGGAUAAAAUAUGAUUGCCGACUCGUGGACUCUGACUUUCACAUUGAGAAAUUUACAUAAUAUGGACUGGAUUUAACUGUUUCAGGAAGGGAUCUUAUGCUCUGACCCAGCAACAUUGGGUUCCAGAAAUUGUACUACUGACAGUCAACUUUGGCAGAGGAAUUCUAAAUUGAACAGUGUGAUGGAAUACCCAGAAACGACGCUUGUGUUCCAUAUCAAGCACUAGUAGAAUAGUAUCAAGUCCUUGUAUUUUAUUUUUAUCUGUGAUACAAAAAAAGUGGAAGUGAACAUGAUAUUGAUAUAUAGUUCAAUAGAUUUGCUCAUAGAAAUACAGUGUUUAAAAAUACUUCUUAAAUUUUUGUGGGAGAAAUCUGCUAACCUCUUUUAAUACUCCAUUUAUCAGGUAGCAGGUAAAAAUAAUGGCUUAGUAUCAUGUUCCUUUAUCUGUUAGGGAGAAAAUUAAUCCCUCCAUAGGAUUCUAUUGAGCAUUACAAAGUUGAAGAACAAUGUUAUAUAUAAUUAUGUAUAUAUGUGGAUGUAGUACAUAGUUUAAUGUGUAUAAAUUAGACAAGGUGCAGUGGAAAAUCUUGGCCUAAAGUGAGGUUAUGCAGAAAUGCAACCAUACAAAUUGGUUAUACUGACAUUACCAUAUUCUCUCUCUCUCUCUUUUUAACAGUGAUGUAUGUAUUAAAGCACAGUUUUGGGACCUUAAGUCAAGCAUUGAAUCUACCUGCUUCCCUAGCCUGGCUCAUACAAAGCUAAAACAUAUUGUGUUUGAUAAGCUAUAUUAUUUGUGCUCCUCAUUACAAGAAGAACAUUUUGCUUUUGUUGAAUGGAGAAGAGGAAAUUUUAUUAUAUUCCUCCACUUCAAGCUGUCUGAUAGCAUACUGCUAGCCUGACUGGAGCAUUUGCCACUGACAAGGGUGAGCAUAAUAUUGUUAAUGUGUGAAAUGCUACUUUUGACGAUUAAUAAAAUUUGAAGAAUUUAUAUAUCAGGGUUCUAUUAAGAUGUUUGAAACAGCUUCAUGGAAUUUCAAGGCAGUAUCAUGUCCAGUAAUUAUUAUGAUUCAUGGGAUGUCUUUUUAUGUGUCAUGCCUAUGGGAAGCAUGCAAUUUUUUGAGUGGCCCACCUGUUAUUUUUACUCAUCUCUUCACUAGGACACUGUUUAAUUUUAGAACAGAUAUUAUAUGUAAUACAUUUUAAUGAAAGGAAGAUGCAAUGGUGGUAGUGAACAAUUUUCUAUACAGCACCAAAACCCAAAAGGACAUCUCACAAUUUUCAUUUUUGUACAGAAAGAAAUCUCAAUUGUGCCACCUAUUAAUGUUUGUAUCUUGCAAAGAAAUAAGGCAUGCAUACAGUUACUGACUCCAUGCCUGUGCAAACUGAAAAAUAUUUCAUGAGGUCAACAGUAGGUUCCUACAUACGUCUCAAUCAUAAAGGAAAUGAAUAAAUAAUGAGAGAAUUGCAAAUUUACUAUAAUAUAUUUGAUAUGGUAUUAUAGAAGAAACUGAAAAAAUGUGUUAAAAGAAUGACAAAUAUUAUGAUUGCACUGGUAAAUUGCCUGUCAUAAUUUACAGGACAAUCUAAAAUAGUAAACACAUAUAGUCAUAAAUAUUAUCCAAUAAAACCCAAAAUUCCUUCACAGCAUUACCAUGACUGGUUGUAUCAACACACAUUAUAUUAUCCUAAGGUGCAAAAUCCCCUAACUGCUGAAAACCAACCAAGCAAGCUACCAACCAACACCUGAUUUCCCUAAAUAGUAUACCAAAUACCAACCUAGAGGAGGAUAUUAUGUAAGUAUUGUGUUUUGUAAUAUCUGUGAGUGGGAAAGAUGAUGUAAUGUGUUUAAAGUGCUUACAAAUUUCUUUUUCUCACCUUGGUGCUCUGUGCAAAUUCUUUAGCAAACUUGUAAUAGUCAAUUUGCUAGUCAGACUCCUCUUAUGUGUAAAAGCUGCCCCUGAUUUAAGUGUUGCAUGCAUUCUGAAAUGGUGUCAUGAAUGGGACAUGAAUCCUUGGCACUGUUUGUUAAUCAAAAUAAAUAUUUUACUUGUUGUUUGGUAUGGAUGUGAAGCUGUCCUCUCAACUUGAGGGGAAAAUAUAAAUUGAGGUUAAUUUUUGUACCUAAGAGAGAAGUAAAAGGACGGUGGAGAAAACUUCAUUCUGAGGAGCAUCAUGAUUUGUUCUCUAUAUCAAAUGCCAAAUCAGUGAUGAAAUCGAGGAUUAUGAUUUCGACGGGAAUUAUAGUGUGUAUAGGAGAGAUGAGAAUACAUACAGAACUUUGGUUGGAAAACUGUAUAGAAAGAUACCAUUUCAGACAGACAUGCAAAGGCAGGAUGAUAACAUUAAAAUGUAUCUUAAAGAACCAGGAUGUGAUAACUGCUUUUCAUCUGGGUAAGAUCUAGUGGUAUUUUCUUGUAAACAGUUAUAUAGACCUUCAUAUUCUACAAAAAGAGGAAAAUUAGUUGAGUGACUAUUAACUUCUCAAGGACUUUGCUUCAGUUAAUUAUGUUUACUUUUGUUUGAACGGUGUAAACAGCUUGGCUAGGCAACAACUGUUUCAGUAGCAUGCACUUUUUAAAAUUAAAAAUGUUAUGAUUCCAGCUGAUGACAUAUUUUGUUAAUAUUCACAGUAUUUGUUUAUUUAAAACAAAAUGGAACAAACUCAGAUUCAAAUUAAAAGACAGGGUAAUUAAUAUUCUAUGACAGUGAAACCUUUAAUGUUAAAGGGAACCUUCUAUAAAAAAGGUACAUCUGAUCACUGUUGUGUAAUAUCUUGAUUAAGAUAAAGUAACUUUAAUCACAUUAAACAAAAUAUCCUUAGUAUUUUAGAAUGUUUACCAGAUUAUAUUUCAUAUUUUUAGCAGAAGAUAUUAAAAUAAUUUGACUGCAUGGAGAACAAAAUUUGUAUAUGUAUGUAAUAUUAAAACACAAAAUUUAUUGUAUCAUUUUAGUUGGUAACCUGUUUCAUUUACUAUUGAAAAUAAUUAGAAGUUAUCUGCACCAAUGUAAAUUGCAUAUAUGCUAUAAAUUGUUAUAAAAUAUACAGGAUGAACACAAGUGAUCUAAGUGGUUUAAAGUAUUUACUAAAACAAAAUCUAAAUAGCAUACAGCAAUUAAACUUAUAUCAUUCGAAGAGGUACUUUAAAUAUCUUACGUAGGAUGCAUGAAAAGUGAUGCAAUUCUGAUGGUUACUAGGAGCACAAUUAUUGAUAUGGCAGGAACAUGGUGAAUCAACCUGAGAACGCAAAUUUAAUCUGCACAUGGAAGAGUCUCUGAAAACCCUUUUAAAAAGUUCUACAUCCAGUGGUGUAAGUUUCAUUUUUGUAAGCAGUUUAUUUUUUUAAAAUAAAUGUUACAAAAUGCUCAGACAACGUGUUCACACUGUACAUUCCUGAUAUGAAUAUAAGCAUUACUUGUAUUUUACAUUCAUAUUAAAUACAUAAAGCAGUGUUCUUUUUUUCUGGCAGAAUAAGCAGAAACUGUGUUCUGUUAACUUCUUUGAUAGGUUGUGUGAAAAAGACCAUUUGCCUUCUCUUUAACACUGAUUUAAGUUCCUUUCUGAUGCACUGAUUUAAUGAACAAAAUAUCACUUUGAGUAAUCUGAUGACUGAACUUCUUAAACAUUAAUGACAAUUCAAGAGCCUGUUUCACCCAGAAAUAAUGCACUGAUAUGUAAUGUAUUUGCAUAUAUAUUCUUUAUUAAGAAAUAAAUUUAUAACUUAUA